CCAGAUCAUACAUAACAACAGGACAAAUAAUUAUUCUACACACUACACUACAAUAAAAAUAUAGAUUCAGAGUACCGUGUUUAUCGUAUAAACGUAAACAAACGUGUUUAUCAUCUAAGAUUUAUUGGAGUAAUUUGUCCUGUGAAUGUAUGAAACAACAAUAAGACCAUGCAGUUGGAUACAGUUUUUGUAACAAACGGUGCACCAUCCCCUUUGUAGACCCCAGUUUAUCAUGGGAAUGGGUGUACCAUUGUUAAAUGAAUACAAACGUCAGUUUCUAUACAAGCGUAUCCCCCAGACUGUACUGGGGGGUCUUAAAGUGAAACUAGGCUAUGACGCACCUCCAUAUGUUUAUAUCAACCAGAUAACUCUGUGGCUCUUGCCACUAAUGCUUGGAUGCAUCUUCACUUUAGUCUUGGAACUAGCCUACACGGACGAUCAGAUCGGCAACUUUUUGCUGCUCUACAGCUGUUUGUAUGGGGCGUGUAUCGUCAUCUUUGUGGUGGUGGUGCAGACCAUCACCACGGUGGUGGAGAUGAAGGAGAAAGAGAGCCAGCAGCUGGACAUUGUGAGGAAGAACAUCCUGGCUGAUGAAGAUGAGGUGGAGUUUGAGUCCUGCUGUGGGGCGGAGACUUUGACGUUUGUCAUCCCACCAAAGAGGUUUAAAAUAAACAUUGCUGUACACGCCUUGCUGUCAGGAGCUGUGUGUGGUUUAGGGUUUUGGUAUCUGUUGCCCUCCACCAUCAACACCCUUUACUACUUUAAUUAUGGAGCUACAACCAUCAUAUUUAUCCUGGGGUGGUUGACCAUCAGCAUAGCUCAGUACUCGCUGACCACAGCUGCACCACCAGAGCCUGCGGUGUAUCGCACAAUGGAUACACACGAGCUUCUGCCACUGACCAGACCUCUGUAUACUUUACUAUGCUAUAGUAUCCAUAUAGCUAAUUGGUACUAUUCAGAGCUUUUCUUGGCGAACCAAAUUUUACAUGUUGUGUUUAUUCUCUUGCCUUUCCUGUGGAUGUUUGGGCUGCUGCCAUCAACUGAGGUUUUAAUUCUCUGGCUUGUUGAACAGUUUCUUGUUUUCAUGCUUGGUGGAUCACCAGCAGCUUCUAAUAUAAGACUUGUUGUCAAUUUUAUUUUGUCUGUCGGUGCAUUCCUCGGCUGCUACUUCAUUGAUUUUUGCUUUGGCUCUGUCAUGCUUGCUGCCCUCACUGGGUAUCUUUUGAGUUGUGAUUUAGGAAGGCUGGGCACACAGCUCUGGUCAGCCUGUCACAGAAACAACAACAGCAAUAGAGUGUCCUCGGUCAAGCCAUCCAGCCUGGCGCACCUGUCCCCGCCCCACACACCAAACACUGGCUUCCUGUGGUCGUGGUGCUGGUCCACCACCCUCUACCACAUCAUCAUGCUAGCAGCCACAGCCGCGGCAGCCGGGGCCACCAACUACUACGUCACAAGCUUGCCAGCGAAUGUUUUCACGUACGUGGGCUACUGCAUCAUCGGGUUGUGUGUGGCGGAAAAAGUUUUCCGAGAUGCGCAAAGUGUUUUUGUUUUCUUUGGAAUGUGGAGGAACAUUUUUUAUCCAGCAAAUAUUGAAAGGACUAAAAAGUUUAGGCAGGUCAAGAAGAGGUUGUUGGUGUUUGGAAUUCUGAGGCGCAUCAUAGUGACUUGGUUAUCUCCAGUAUUGAUGGUGGUCUACCUGUCCUUACAAGUAACCAGUGUUGAUGUGAUGACAGUCUCCAUGAUUGACAGCUUCUCCAUCCCACUGGGUGUCUUGUAUGUGUUUGCCACAGUUCGGGCGUUCCGUUGGGUGUGGCAGAGCACUACCCACGCCCUGCUGGAGACAUCCUGCAUCCACAUCGUGGCCGUCACCUUGUCCGACAACUCCGUCGUCACCACCCUGGGGGUGCCCAUCCUCCUGCUGGUGGCGGGGGUAGUGCGGGACAGGCUCAGCCAGCUGCUCAACAAAAUGUUCUUUGUCCUGGCCCUGAUGGUUGUGUCCUGGACAGACAAGAAGCAACGACGCAGCUCCACCGUCCGCAUCAUGAUCAUGAACAUCCUCUUCUUCCCCGUUGUGCUGGCUGUCGUCGUCGCUGCCUCAGCUCUGUCUGCCCCCCUGCUCUGCCUGUUUACCCUCCCGCUGUUCUUUAUUGGAUACCCUCGGCCCAGCAAGUUUUGGCCAGAGCCUGUGGGGUCGUCGGCCAGCACGUGUCCUGAUACACUGUACUACAAGCAGCUGUCUGGAGAGUUGACCAAAGCUUUGAGAUAUGGGUUUGCUAAUGGAAGCCUAGGUGAGCCAAGUGUAGGGAACCAUUACUUAAUGAGGUACCAGGACAGGCUACUGUGGACCAUGGUGCUGGAGAGAGGCGCCGGCUACUGCACGGUCAGCAUCAAGGGUCUGGAGCUCCAGGAGACUUCCUGUCACACUGCCGAGGCCUCUCGCGUGGAUGACCAGUUUGUGGAAGCUUUUGUCGGCAAGGGGAAAAACCAGCCGUGCUGCACCUUCAACGGCUACCCGUUUCACUGCAUGACCCCAGUCGACGCGGCAGAGGUCAGGUCGUACUCCGACGCCAGGAAUGUCCUGACGGGGGUCAUUGACUGCCCUGACAGCGUGGGCAUGACACUGUCGUUCUUCAUCAAAAGUCUGAUCUGGGUUCUGCUGCGGCAUAUCAACAAGCUGAAGAAGAAAGAGGAGCUGGCCAGGAAGAUGAAGGAGAAGGAGAUCGCCCUGAUGGAGAAAACAAACAGCUUGUCCAGCCAGGGGGAGGUCAAGGCCAAGUUCUACAAAGACAACAGCAACAAGAGGAAAGACAAGGUCAGCGUGGUCAACAACAACACCGCCCCCAAGGAGUUAAACCACAACAUGGCCGCCGCUCGGAACAACCGGGCGGUUGUUGUCAAAGACAAGUACGACCGUGGAGUCGUCGUCGACAGGGACAGGCAUGAUACCUCCGUCCACCAACUUACCGGCGGGGGUGACAGCUUCGCCCUGCCGUCGAUCGUCCAGAACAAAACGAACCCCAACUCGCGUCCUGGUUCUAGAGGGUCCAGCUCGUCACGACAAGUCUCCCUCUCCUCCUCCCUCCACAGCUUCACUGAUAGCAUCUGGUCCGAGGACUUCGAUGCCGAGAAAAACAAGAAAAAAUCUUCAAUCAAACAACAACAUAAAGUCUCCACUGUGGUUUCAAUCACAAACAACUCUUCACAUAAACCGCCUUCCCCGCAUGCAGUAAUGACUACCCUACCUCCCAUCAAGUCUAACAAGAAUCCAAUAUUCAACAACAGCCUUAGUAGUAGGGAUGCUCCGGAAUUUUCCGAGGACUUGGAUUUUGGUUUACCUGCUGUGGAUAUUAACGUGCCUCGGACUCGGCCAGACUUUGAUUUUGAUGAGCCUGUUACGGGCGUGAAAUCUAUGUUUGCCAAUAAGCCGACAUCCAAGUUUAUGGUGUCUAAUGGCAAUCACAUUUACAAGCCCUUAAUGAACCUGGCUGGUUCUCCAGACUUUAAGUGCCAGUACUCUACACACAUCAGUGUACCCUUCAAGUGGAGAGAGCUCCCUAUAGAACCCUCACAACUGGCCCGCUACAUACCCCAGUUCCCCACCUCAUGGUACAAGCACACACUCAGCACCUUAGACUGGUCAGUCACAGAACACCCUGGGCAGAAGGUGGCAGCAGAGGUGGGCAGUGACGAUGCCCUGACCAACUGCUACAGCCAGCUGGUGAUGGCCUGCUACUCUGCCUUUGACACCCCAGGUCGACCUGGAGGUGCGAGCUACUUAUAUAAAUGCUACAACGGGGAUGUCCCGUGGAACGCCAUGAUGGAUUGGUUAGCUGAGGACAAAGAACUACAUGGGCUGGUGAUAAAAGCUUUCAGGUAUGGGUUUAAGCUGAUGUUGGACCAGACAUUGAUUGGGGAGAUAUCAAGCGAUCAGGAACUAGAGGCCAGCCUGCGUGACUACGAUGACAACUGGUACAUCGGCAAGGACACGGAGCCUGACUGGGGGGUCUCUGUGAUGGAGAACAGGAGUAAUUUGUUCUCCCUGGGGGUCAAUACUGGACAGGGCAUGUACACCAGCAGGACAUUGUCCCUGCAGGAAGUCCUGGUCCACAUCGGCCGGGUCAACCGGGAGAGUGUCAUGGGUCAGUGGGCCAACCUGAACCUGGAGCUCCUGUACAUGACCAACGAUGACGAGGAGCGCUACUCCAUCCAGGCCCAGCCCGCCCUGUUGAGGAACCUGACGGUCCAGGCUGCUGACCCUCCCCUGGGCUACCCCAUCUACUCCUCCCCUCCCCUGUCUAUACCAACAGUUUAACAAUAUAAAAAAAAAGUUUAUAUUAACAAGAACUGAUAGGUUAAAAAUUUAUAAGGACAUUCUGCAAAACUAGAUAUUUUUAAAUUAAAGGGCAAUAACUCUAAAAAAUUUAAUAACCUAGCCUUUUUUUUUUUACAUCUUUUAGAAAUCCAUAAUCAAAAUUUACUUCUAAAACUUUAUAUUUUAGAUUUGUUCAAUACUGGUAAAAGAAAUAAUUCCUUUUUUAAAAUAAGAUAUAUUUUUAUGUAUAACAAUAUGGUGUUACUUCCAUAUAAAUUUAACUAAGGCAUGUAAUGUUUUGUAUGUGUGUUACCAUCCAUUGCUUUCACUGACCUGUGGCAUUACUUGUUUUAUGGAAACCAUUGUUAAUGUUUUAUAUGAACAAACUUUGUUGCUAAUUUUUCUUGUUCAGUGUAUUGUUUUUUUUUUCAACCAAAGCUUUUAAAUGUUCAACUAUCUACCAGACAGCUUUUUUUUUUAAUCCAAAUUUUUUGUUUGUUUCCUAGCUUUAUAGUUGUCAGGAAUGCUUUUUUUUUAAAAACUGUGUAAUACAGUUGAGAUUUUAAGUUGCUAAAAUGUGUUUCUGUGUUAGUUAGUCUGCUCUAGUCAACUGUAUAAAAUUACAAUAAUGUCCACACACUUAACUUGUAUUGAGAAAUAAUUUAUUUUGAGAAAUUUUUAAAAUGUCAAUUCUUUCAUCUUUGAACUCCUUUGCAGCAUGCCAUUUUAAAAGACUGAUAUAUAACCUACUUCAAGCAAAAAUUUGUAGCCUAUGUUAUUUUGGCUUAUUUUUAAUACAUCUGAAUUUUUCAAUGCGAAUGGCAUUUUAUGAAAGUAUUUUAAAACCAUUUUGAAGAGCAAAAAAAAAAUAACUUUAUUUAAAAAAAACACAAUGCUCAAGCCCAACCGUCCAUGAAUUUUUGUCGUCUGAUGCUGUGCACCCCCCCACCUCUACUUGUGUGUGAUCUUCAUUCACUCACAUUCAUUGUGACCUUUACGUAACUUUUUUUUUCUCUGUCAUGAACUGAACUUGUACACAUCAUUCACAGAUCACAACCUAACUUUUUAAAUUCAUCAUUCUGUCCCUUUUCACACACAAAAAUAAAGUGCCAAGUCUUUUAAUAUUUGUAAAUAUGUUCAUAGCUUGUUGUUGUUUUUUUUUUUGGGGGUUUUUUUUUUCACAACUGAGAGUACAUGACUUUAAAAAUAAGUAUUGAAUGAAAUUGUAAUUGAUUUUUUUUUAUUUAAUUUUAGAAUCUGUAAAAAAAAACAACUUUAUGACACAUGAGGUAUGUCAUAAAUGUAAAUUAUUACUAUUGAAAUGGAGAAGCAGCUAAAAAUAAGAGGUUUUUUUUUUUUAAAUUACAUCCCAAUCUAGUGUCUUGGUUUCAUGAUUGAACUUUUGUUUCUAUUAUUGUUUUUAACUCCUUUUUUUGUUUUGUUGCUGAACUUUUAUGUAAGUAAACUACACACCAAUUUAAAUUCUGUACGGUUUACAUUUACUGGAUGUUAUUUUUUUUUUCAUCAUUUUUUUUUAAAGGUGCCAGUCAUUGCUAGUAUCCAUAGAAUUUGUUUUAUUUCCAUGUCUCAUUGUGUGUUGAUGAUGAUCCCAUCAAGCAAGAGAUGCCUUGUGAGGCUGAAUUUUUGUUUUGUCAGUUUAAGUUGAUGAGAAGAUUGUUUAGGUUUAACAGCAAUUGUGGGCCAGUGUGCUGGAUGUCCCAAAAUUAACAUUUUGAGUUGAGUUCUCAAAUUUAGAUUUGCUAAUUAAGUAAAUUAUUAUGUCGAUACGUUGGCUAAUUAAGUAUAUUUUUAUGUUGAUACAGUUGCUUAAAAGACUGACUUAAAACACCUAUCUCAUCUUUUGCUUAUUUACAACAGUCAGAGUAAAGGAAAAACUAUCAUUUUUUUGGUUUGAUUUUUAACAAAAAAAAAUGUGACUACCUUUAAGCACUGAGGUCUUCAUCAACAAAGCAAUAGUUCACUGUCAUCUUAUUUUUUUAAAAUUAUUUUUGUUUUUGUGAUGACUACUGUAUCACACCUCUUUUUGUGUAAUUCACUCCCCCCCCCCCCUGUAUUAUUGAAGUUGUUGUAAUGUUGUUUUUUUUAAAGAUGUAGCAGAACAAAUUGAACUCAAGAUAUACACUAACCUUAGUUUUAAAUUCAAUUUAGAAUUAACUAAUAGUUAACCUGUAAUUUUAAAAUAAUCUUAAUUUAAAAUAUCUUAGCAUAUAAUCAAAUACAUGUACUAACCAACCUCCACGUCUAAUAUUAUACAUUAUCUUUAACAAAGGUUUGGCUGAAUAUUAGAAAUUUUGUUGCUUUUUUUUUAAUUUUGAAAGGAUGUAAAUAAGACAAUUUUUUUUAAAUUGCUAGUGUUGUAUCCCACCUGACAAUUAACAUAACAGCAAUACUGGUUUUAAAAAUUUAUGAUACAAUUUUUUUUAAAAGAUUUUUGUAUCAUUUUUUUGUAUUUGUGGAGGAAGAUAUGAUGAUCUGUGGCAGCUUGCGGGAACAAAAAUUUUUUUAUGAAACUCAAUAUAUUUUUUAAACUGCUUAGAGGAUUUAUGAAAAACAAAAAAAUGUCGGUCAUUUUCUUCUGCUUUUAAAGAUGAAUGAAGGGAGAGCAUUGUAAAAAUGUGGCCCUUGGAUUAAUAUUUUUUUGAACACUUGUCUGUGAUACUAUGUAAAUAAUUUUUAUCAUAUCAAUUUUUUUUUUUCUGUUGUCUUAUUGUGACCAAGUUUUUAAAAAUAUAUUUAGGGCAAUGUGCUUAGAGCAAGAGAUAUCUAUAUUCUUUAAUGGUGUUUAGAACUAGCGGAUUAAAAUAGUUUGGUUUUUUAAGAAAAUAACGUAAAUUAUUUCUGUUGGAUUACGAAUAUUUCUAAAAGGGGGAAAAACUUAGAUAUUGUCAUGUACUAACUACAAAAAAAAAAUACUGUUCAACGUUUCUUAUUUUAAACUAGAUCUAGAUUUAUAUUUUUAGCCAGCCAUAAUGGGUUUUUAAGAUAUUUGUUAGAAAAUAUAAAACAAAAAUAGUUACCAAUGUUUGUAAGUUUUGACAUAUCUUUUUUUUGUGUUGAUUUACCAAUUAUUAUAUUUUUGGUUAGGAUUGAACAAUUUUUGUCGUGGCUAACUUGUUUGUUUGUCAGCAGGUUGAUUACAUUAUCAGCUGGAGUGGGUGUUGAAAUCUUAAAGAAUUCGAUAGUUAUUUUUUGUUGUUUUUUUUUUUUUACUUAAUGGACAAUGUAUUUUUUAAGCUGUCAGAUUGCUGGGACCAUUUUGUCUAUAUAUUUUGUUUUUUGCUUGUUUUAAUAAUAAAAUAAUUGUCCUAAUU